CGCACCGCCGGGAGCGCGCAGCGCCGCGUCCCCAGUUGCGGCAGCGGCGAUGGCGGCGGCGGCGGCGGCGUCGCAGCGGGACCCGGGCGAUUGGCAGGACUUCUCGGGGUUCCAGCCCUCCGCGGGGAGCGGCCCCGAGGCCGCUCGCGACAAGGGCGUUUGGGGCGGCGGGGAUCUCGGGGCGAAGCUGUCCCUCUGCUUCGAGCCCCCGCAGGCCCGGGCUGGCGGCGGCGAGAGCCGCGUUCCGCUGCGGCCGCUCACGGAGCAGAGCGCGCUGCAGGACGACGAGAUUUGGAAUGCUUUAACUGAUAAUUAUGGUAACGUGAUGCCAGUUGACUGGAAAUCUUCCCACACCAGAGCUUUGCACUUGCCAACACUGAAUCUUUCAGAAAAAGGGGUAAAUGACAACUUGAACCUUGACCUGUCAGAUGAUGAAGAGCUGAGAGAACAGYUGGAUAUGCAUUCUAUCAUUGUUUCCUGCAUCAAUGAAGAACCACUCUUCACAGCAGAGCAGGUUAUUGAAGAAAUUGAGGAAAUGAUGCAGGAAUCGCCUGAUCCAGAAGAUGAUGAAACACCCACCCAAUCAGAUCGGCUCUCUAUACUUUCCCAGGAAAUUCAGACACUCAAGAGAUCCAGUACAAACAACAGCUAUGAGGAGAGAGUGAAAAGGUUGUCUGUUGCUGAAUUAAAUGAACUGCUAGAAGAAAUUGAGACUGCUAUUAAGGAUUAUUCUGAGGAGCUAGURCAGCAGUUAGCUCUACGAGAUGAGUUGGAGUUUGAGAAGGAAGUGAAAAACAGCUUCAUUUCUGUCCUCAUUGAAGUACAAAACAAACAGCGAGAACACAAAGAAACAGCAAAGAAGAAAAAGAAGCUGAAAAAUGGUAGUCCUCAGAAUGGCAAACAAGAAAGAGGYCAUAUGCCUGGAACACGCUUCAGCAUGGAAGGGAUCUCAAAUGUCAUACAGAAUGGCUUCCGCCACACGUUUGGAAACUCGAGCGGAGAGAAACAGUACUUAACAACCGUCAUUCCUUAUGAGAAGAAAAAUGGACCCCCAUCUGUUGAAGACCUUCAAACAUUAACCAAAAUUCUGCAUGCCAUGAAAGAGGACAGCGAGAAAGUGCCAAGCUUGUUAACAGAUUAUAUUUUAAAGGUUCUGUGUCCUACAUGAAGAGGGCUGCCUUUCAGAAUUAGCUGUGCUCCUUUCUGUGAUGAGAAGCUUUCCAUGGAUAUAACUCAUAGUAUUUUUUUUUCAUUUGGCACUAUACCUAAAGCAGUAUUCAUUUACCUUCUCUGUGUGUUUGGAUUUUCUGAUCCUACAAUAAGUCAUCUGGCAUGACARCUCAUCCAGUUUAACUUAAUAGUGCAAUGAACUGGAGCAGGGAAMAAACAUUGUACAGUUUUACUUGCAUCGUUCUGACUUUUUAAAGUCUAUUUUUACAUUGUAUAGCAUGUAGUAAAUCCUCCUGCACAUUUCGUUGUUGGAAGGAAAAGUAAACUUYRAAUAGUGUAAAUAAAAUAAGCCUCRUUUUAAGGAAUCCRUAUUUAAAAGCAUCCUUAGUUCCUAAACAAAAAGGAAAAAACUGUUCUGGUCAGACUCAGAAUUUAAGAUUCAAAUGAGUUCUCCAGAACACUCCAGAAAGAUGAUUGUGAAAGUCAGCAAUCAGUGCUGCUUUGUAAAUGGUAACUUUGAACUAUACAACAGAACUAUACAACAGAUUCCUUGGUUUGACAUAAAUAAUUGUGUGUUACUCGGUAUUAACACAAACAUCUGACUAAUGUAAUAUUUCAUGUCUGGUUUUAUUUUAAUUAUUAAUAUUCAURUGGCUUAGAUAUUCUCCCAUAUUGCUGCUAUUAUUUUACCAGUUUUAAAAAGUGUUUGAUUUUAAUGAAAAGGCUUCAAURUAUAAACAAUUUAAAAGGCAGUAUCUUUUUAAAAAUACAUGUACAAUUUGAAAAACUUGCACCUGGCUUCCAAGUUAGUAUUAUAUUGAGAUGUUUGUUGUUGUGUGUCUCUAAAUUCUAGUGCAAAUCUCUCUUGUAAAUUGAAUGCACUCUCCUCUGUGAUGUACCUGCAUUCAAACAGAUGAGWAUGUGUUUUACAAAUCCUGUAACARAAACAUACCCCAUAAUCUUAACAUUAAAUACUUGUCACAAUUUUGCCAGUGCAAAAGAUUAGAUUAGUAAAGUAAGGAGUACUAUUAAAAAACCCAAAAAACAA